GAGGUGAACGGAAGAAGAUGGAAACAGGGAGGCCAGACAGGCUCUGACAGCAAAAAUACGUGUAUCGGUACGGAGCCAAAACUCUAAAUACUCGACCCUAGUGUUUGUUUUUCAUCCCUUAACUCCGCAUGGUGUAGCAGUAGGAGUUCAGUCAACAUGGGACACAUCUGGGAGCAUCUGUCGACGACGCUGAAACUACGGGUGUCACUUUUCCUUCUUGUUGUCUCCGCCGGUGACGCCAGGCUGCACCGGACACGCAGCGUCGAGCCCUCGACCGAGGAAACUUACAACAAAUACUACAAUUAUGUUGAACUGACCGAACGUUUACAUUCAUUAGCCCAGAAAUACCCUCUCAUAGCGAACCUGUCCAGCAUAGGUCAGUCUGUGGAGGGCAGGGAGCUCUGGGUGAUGCGGAUCACCGAGGACCCCAACAGAGACACACCGGGGAAACCUAAAUUUAAAUACGUUGGGAACAUGCACGGCGACGAAACCGUGUCCAGACAAGUGUUGGUUUACCUUGUGGAGUACCUGCUGAGUAAAUAUGGGGAUGAUCUGCGUAUUACCGAGCUGGUGAACACCACGGAUAUUUACAUUAUGCCCAGCAUGAACCCCGACGGCUUUGAGAAGUCCAAAGAGGGGGACUGCAAUGGCGACAGUGGGGGUCGAAAUAAUGCCAAAAACAAGGACUUAAACAGGAACUUUCCUGACCAGUUUGACGGGGCGCCCGUCGACCCAGAAAACAUCCCCGAAGUCAUGGCUAUGGUCAGUUGGAUCCAGGAGAAAAAAUUUGUGCUGUCUGGGAACCUGCAUGGCGGCACUGUGGUUGCCAGUUAUCCUUUUGAUGACUCAGCCUCCCACCAGCGACAAGGCCUCUACAGCCAGUCAGAGGACGACAGUCUGUUCCGCUACUUGGCUCUGGUAUAUGCCCAGAACCACUCUGUGAUGAAGACCGGUCAGCCCUACUGUCCUGAAGCCCUCUCAGAAUCUUUUAAAGAUGGCAUUACCAAUGGGGCACAGUGGUAUGAUGUACCUGGAGGGAUGCAAGACUACAACUACCUCUAUGGAAACUGUAUGGAAAUCACCAUGGAGCUGAGCUGCUGCAAAUAUCCCCCUGCUACUGAACUCCAUAAGGAAUGGGAUCUGAACAGAGAAUCCCUAAUAGCAUACAUGGAAAAGGUACACAUAGGUGUUCGUGGUUAUGUGAAAGAAGCUGUUGAUGGUGCUGCCCUCAGCAAUGUCAGCAUUAUGGUAGCAGGCAUUCACCACAACCUGACCACAGGAAAAUAUGGGGACUACUACCGCCUUCUUCUACCAGGAACAUACAACAUCACAGCUGUGGCUCCAGGGUACGCAUCAAUGACAGUCAACAGUGUCCAGGUGACUGGGGGCAAAGCCACAGAACUUAACUUUACUUUGGCACCUGUGGUCAGUGUGGCUGCAAGUAGCAUCCCUGUUAACAUAACCUCUGUGCCGUCCACAAGCCAUCCAAACAUUUCCACUACCAACUCCUCUAAAUCCAGCCAGACAGUGGUGGUUCCCUCUAGCGGAAAAAAGAACACCACUGCACCCGUUAACCAGCCCAUCCAGCCCCAGGAAUUUCGUCACCACAACUAUGCAGACAUGGAGCUGUUCUUACGCAAGUACAACAGCGAGUUCCCCUCAAUAACCCAUCUCUACUCUAUUGGCCACUCGGUGGAAGGCCGUCAGCUUUAUGUGAUGGUCAUCUCUGACAACGCUUCCGUCCAUGAACAUGGUGAGCCAGAGUUUAAGUAUGUGGCCAACAUGCACGGCAAUGAAGUGGUGGGUCGAGAGUUAAUGCUCAACCUCAUUGAGUAUCUGUGCCAUAACUAUGGUACCGACCCGGAGGUCACCGAGUUGGUCAGCAACACUCGCAUUCACAUCAUGCCUUCCAUGAACCCUGAUGGCUAUGAGGUUGCUGAGGAAGGGCAUAACAGUACCUACAAAGGACGCAACAACAGCAACAAUUUUGAUCUGAACCGCAACUUCCCAGACCAGUUUACCACCAUCACAGAUCCCAGACAGCCGGAGACAAUAGCUGUGAUGAACUGGCUGAAGAGCAUCCCCUUUGUUCUGUCAGCCAACCUCCAUGGAGGUUCCUUGGUAGUCAACUACCCCUUUGACGAUGACAGAGACGGUUUAAUUCAUUACAGCCCUUCACCUGAUGAUGAGGUCUUUAAGCAUCUGGCUAGAGCAUAUUCACAGGAAAACUCUCUGAUGCACAAAGGACACCCUUGUGAAGACCUGUUCCCUGAUGAAUAUUUUGAGGAUGGCAUCACCAAUGGUGCUCAGUGGUAUAUUGUUCCUGGUGGUAUGCAAGACUGGAAUUACCUAAAUACCAACUGUUUUGAGGUGACCAUCGAGCUGGGCUGCUAUAAGUACCCCAUGGCCAAGGAACUGCCAAAAUACUGGGAAGAAAACCGGCGAGCCUUGCUUAAGUUUAUACACCAGGUUCACACUGGAAUAAAAGGCACAAUCUCUGACAAUGGGGAUGGUACAGGAAUCCCCAAUGCCACCAUUAGUGUGGAGGGAAUCGACCACAACAUCACCACAGCUCAUACUGGAGACUACUGGAGACUGCUGGUCCCUGGGACUUACUCUAUCACUGCUUCUGCCCAUGGUUAUAAACCUGUGACGAUCUACGCCACAGUCCCAAAAGAUCGAGUGGAGGUGGUGGACUUCAGACUGACACGUUUGCACUCAGACAGUAAUGGCCAGCCUCUCAGUGGCCCCCAACCCACACAAAACCCAUCUGAGAGGGAGUUCCAGAGCUUAAUUAAGGAGCUCUCUCUAGGCCAGGGUUUGGAGCAGCUGGUCAGGAGCACAGCCACAGAGAACACGUUCCGAUACCGCCCUUCCAGAGAGCUGCCUUCUGUCAUGACAGGCUUCAAAAAUAACUUCCCUGAAAUUACAACUUUACACAGUUUGGGCCACAGUGCGGAGUUUAGAACCAUUUGGGCUCUGGAAAUCUCUGACAAACCAAAAGACCCUGAGCCGUCUGAGCCAAAGAUCCGCUUUGUAGCAGGGAUUCAUGGCAAUGCCCCUGUGGGCACAGAGCUGCUGCUGGAGUUUGCAGCCUUCCUGUGCAUCAACUAUGGCAAGAACCCAGUCAUCACCAGGCUGAUCAACGAGACCCGCAUUUUCAUUGUGCCCUCUGUCAAUCCUGAUGGACGAGAACAGGCUAUCGAGAAGCAGUGCACGUCUACUCAGGGCUUGACCAAUGCUAAUGGCAAGGAUCUGGACACAGACUUUUUUGGCAAUGCAUCACAGCGUGUGGUGGAGCCCCAACCUGAGACCAGAGCGAUGAUGAACUUUAUCCGAGACAAGGCCUUCACACUAUCUGUGGCCCUCGAUGGAGGCUCCCUGGUUGCUACAUACCCUUACGACAAGCCUGUUCAGACUGUUGAAAAUGAGGGCACAUUGAAGUACUUGGCAAGCGUGUAUGCUAACAACCACCCCAAGAUGCACCUCGGGGACACCGGAUGUUCAAACAAUGGGCAGAUAGGCAACAUCCCAGACGGAGUUAUGAGGGCAGCAGAGAGACAAAGUCACAUGGGGAGCAUGAAGGACUUCAGUAUGGACUUUGGCCACUGUCCAGAAAUUACAGUGUAUACUGGCUGCUGUCUGUUCCCUCCUGCUGAGCAGCUGUCCACGCUCUGGAUGGAGAACAAGAAGGCUCUGCUCAGCAUGUUGGUGGAGGUUCAUAAAGGAGUGCGAGGUGUGGUGAGAGACAAGAGUGGCAAACCUAUUGUUGGGGCAAUCAUUGUACUGAACGGAGGAGUGAGAUUAUUUACUUCAGAGGGCGGCUACUUUCAUGCACUUCUGGCUCCUGGCAACCACAAUAUUGAAGCUGUUGCUGACGGCUACCAGCAGCAACGACAAAAGGUUGUAGUGUCUUCCUAUGAAGCUGCAAACUCCAUUAUCAUUGAGUUUGACAUGGACAACAGCAUCUUUGGCCUCCCCAGAGAGUUUGUUGUGGCCAGUGCAGCAGCCUCCAUGACAGCACUAGUGGUGACGGCAUGCAUCAUCUGGUGCGUGUGCGCAGCCAAGUCUAAUCAUCAGAAAGAUGGCUUCCAUCGUUUGCGGCAGCACCGAGAUGAUUAUGACGAUGAGAUCCGGCUCACCUCUAUGGGCUCCAAAAAGUCGCUGCUUGCCCACGAGUUUCAGGACGAAAGUGAGAGCGAAGAGGAGACACUGUAUGCCAACAAAAUCUGAGAAAUGGUGCACCACUUUGGCUGUUGGCUCAGUAUUUUAAUUUUGAACUCCCACAAAUCAAACCCGGGUGACUGGGGCGACUGUGGCUCAGGUGGUAGAGCGGGUCGUCCAAUGAUCGAAGGGUCAGCGGGUCGAUUCCCGCUCUGUCCUAGUCAUGUGCUGUUGUGUCCUUGGGCAAGACACUUUACCCACCUUGCCUCCAGUGCGGCUACUCACACUGGUGUAUGAAUGUGUAUGAAUGUUGGUGGUGGUCGGAGGGGCUGUAGGCGUGGAUUGGCAGCCACGCUUCCGUCAGUCUGCCCCAGGCAGCUGUGGCUACAAAUGUAGUUUACCACCACCAGAGUGAGAAUGUGUGAGUGAAUGAAUAAUGGAUCCAUUGCACACGCUUUGAGUAUGCCUAAUAGAAAAGCGUUAUAUAAAUCUAAUCCAUUAUUAUUAUUAUUAUUAUUAUUAUUAUUAUUAUUAUUAUUAUUAUUAUUAUUAUUAUUAUUAUUAUUAUUAUUAUUAUUAUUAUCAUUAUUAUUAUUAUUAUUAUUAUUAAUAACCCCUGGCCAACAAGGAGCAGGUUGAACUCUGAGCGGCUUCUCUGUCCUUCAAAACCGAUACAAGAGUGAUGAGGACACUUUUUCUGUUAAACCAAUAAAUUCUGAGGACUCGGUCACUCAGUUAUUAGUGCUACUAAAUUAAUACAGUCUGGUCGUGUCUGGACCCGGCUUAUUUUUAGCCACAUCUCUGCUUGACUGGUUCAACAGACGGAGAAGGUAAUAAAGAGAAGGUGAAGAAAGUCCACUGUUGCCCUUAUCCAUCCAUUUUUGCAGCUUUUUUGUUUCCGAGCCAUUUAAUAUUCUUUAACCACUAUCUGUCCUGCCCGGCUGAGAAAUCAGGCGAAUAAGUCCAAAUAACCUUCUUUAUGGAAUGAACACUAAAUGGAAGUGCUUUAUCUCUCAUCGUCUCCCCACUGAUAUCUGUCACCACCCUGCAUUUCUUUCAUUAAUGCUCUGAGCAAGGAAAUAAAUGAUUUCCAUUUCUUUAAGAAAACAUAGUUAGAAUGAAGUGUCCGCACCUUUGGGAGACUGAAUGUGCCUUGGCUUCUCAAAAGUUUACAGUCCCAGAUAGGCUGUAAUAUGUGUCAGAAAGUAGCAUAGUGAACAGGUAAUACCUAGUCCAUGGAAUUUGAUCCAUCCUAUACUCAGGUGGAACGAAGAGAGAAAAAUUGUGAUCGAAGGACUGCAGUGUUGUGAUGUUGUUUCACAGAUGACUCACCUGGUUUUCUAUUUUUGCAGUGAAUCAGAUUUGUGGACGAAAUCAUUGUGGGAACAAGCUUCUUGAAAGUAUCAGGGAGAAUCUGUUACCAAGCUUGAAUGACCCAUAUCCAGUUAGUGGAGAGUGCUCUGAUGUAUUUAUGGAGGUCACUUGCACUACAUGGAAAGCAAGAAUUGUCCCAUAUCAUUGGCCCGGGAAGAAAAAAAACUAUGAACCUCUCAAUAUGUAAUCAUUAAAAGAAUGUAUUUUUAUUUAAUUUUAGUUUUAACAAUAAGUUUGUCAGAUAAUUUCUCUCUGUACAUUAAAAAUUCCUGCUGACUUUCAUGGAUGUCACGUAGAGUCAGUGCCCUGUGGUUUUCACCGUCUGUCAUCUUACAAUAGACUACCUUUUUUCAGGUUUUUCUUUUGCCAACGAAGUGUUUUAAUUACAAAAAUCAUACCUGUCCAUUAAUGAUCAGUGUGAGAGACCCGUACUAUACAAUGUUAAGGUCCAGUACAAGUAAUUUCCUUGAACUGUCAAAGAAAGGACAUAUAAUGUAGGUUCUAAUCCAUUUCACUGUGAUAUGGUUAAUUUGGGAACUUCAUGUGUGAAAAUAUGAUGCAGUCAUUUUUAAUUCCUUACUAUUCUGAUGUGUUUUGAAAAGGCUCAGUCUUAUUUGAGUGGGAAGCAGGUUUGUAUGCAGACAUACAAGCCAAAUUAUUAGAUGACCAAAAGCAAGACCUCUGCAUUGGAAAAUCUGUUCAAAUAUCCAAAAUGGCAUAAAAUUUCACCUGAAUCAUCUUAAGGCAAAUCUAACUAACAAAAAACAAAAGUUUGAUGAAUAAACAAAAUUUUCAUUACAUCAGACAUCCCUGUGUAACUCUUCUGAUCAUAAUGUGGAAGUGUUCUGCAUGGUUUUUAAUUUUUGAAAUGAUGUUUGAAGCAAUACACUCCUGUCCCCUGAAGAGUUGGCCCUGAUUUGCAGUUACUUUAAGAAGAGAUUUUUCCUUACAAAUUGACAUCUAUGUACGGAGACAGUUUUGUACAUUAUUUUUCUUAUACUAUGUGUGUAUGAAUUUUUGAAAGUUGAGCGUGUGUCGCAGUCACGUGGUGCUGAUGUGAAGAUUUUAUAUAAACUGGAAUCGACUGUAAAUAAUGUUUGCCAAUUGUAAAUGGGGAAAAGAAAUGCAAUUCAUGUUGAAUCUGCACACAACAAAACAUAAGAACCUCUGUGUAAUCAGGACAUGCUAACAUGCACAAAAACCUACAAAACACAAUAAAAGAAACAAUGUCACAA